AUGAAUUAUCCCAUCAAUCCUUCCUUGGAUUUGUCUCAAUUCAACAACCUACUUAAUAAAUAAAUUAAGAGAGUGACUUCAAAAAAGGAAAGGAAAGCUAUUAAUAAAGAAUAAAAAUACUCAAACAAGCUUAAAAACGAAGCCAAAUAUAUUUGUGAAUUAAUAAGGCCUUUGGCUGAAUAAGAAAAAUAGUAACAAGAAGUUUCUAAUACAAACGAAAAAUAUAGACAGAGAUUUGGGUAUUUGCUUUUAGAUAUUUACUCAUAUUAUUUCAAAAUAAUAGCAAUAUAAAACUAAAAAAAUGAACUAAUAGUUCACAGCUUGCCUUUUCAAUAAAAUAAAAUAUUUGAAUUAAAAAUAAAUUUUCCUUUUUAUUUAUUUUUAGAGUAAGUUUCAAACUUUUAAGUAUGUUCUGAGAAUUAAAAAAAUAUAUUUUCACCAAAAUAAUUAGAGAUACCACAAGAAAUUAUUGAAUUUAUUGUUGAUCAUAAUUAAAAUGUAAUUGGAUGUAAUCGAAUAGUAAAUAAAUGUUGGUUAAAAAUGUUGGGUAUAAAUUCAGACAUGAUUAUCCAUUAUGUUUAAUAAUCUCAAACAUUUCCUAUAGGUUGGAUUGCAGAUGGUCUUAAAUCUUAUAAUUUUUAUUAAGAUGUAAUGCAAACCUAAUCUAUAUCAAUAUGCUUAAUUAACUACAAUGGAUAAAAAUUUAAUGCUUAGAUAUAAAUUAAAUAUGAAUAAGAAAUAAAAUCGAAAAACAAAAUUUUUGAAAGAUAUAUAAUUUCAUAUAUUAUUAACAGAAAACAAUUAAGUUUGUAAUAGAUUGAAUAGAACUUUGCCAAUUACUUUGGAAUAAAUUAGAUUUCGAAAGAACUAGCUAGUACUUUUAUUGAGCACACAAACAAAUAAUGUGGGAUCAAAUAUAUAUGA